AUCCAUCCAUCAGUGGAGUGAAGUGAAUAAUUCAACACCAGCAAAACACACACAAGUUCGUUCGCAGCAAGUAAUGGCGAGAACGAGAGAGAAGCUGACGCUCCUGGUGGCCGCAGUCGCCGUGGGCCUCCUGCUAGCCGGCGGCGCGGGCGCGGGCGUGGCGUCGGCGGCGCGUGGCCGUGAGGGGCGGCGGCGCGUGCACCUGCGGCUGUACAUGCACGACGUGAUCGGCGGGCCGAACCGGACGGCCAUCCGCCUCAUCUGGGGCGUGGGCCCGCCGCACGCGUCCAUGCCGGGGCGCACCUUCGGCGACACGGUGGCCAUCGACGACCUCGUCACGGACGGGCCCGGCGUCGGCGCAGACUCCAGGCCCGUCGGCCGGGCGCAGGGCACCUACAUGCUGAGCUCGCAGCACGAGGAGGUGAUCGUGGUCAGCAUCACCGUCGUCCUCACCGCGGGGCCGUACAACGGCAGCACCCUCGUGGUGGCCGGCCGCGACAGGAUCUACGACCAGACGAGGGAGCUCGCGGUGGUCGGCGGCACCGGGGGACUCCGCGGGGCCUCCGGGUACGUGCUGUGGACGACGGCCAAGGUGUGGUCGGAGGUGCACAUGGUGCUGGAGCUCGACGUGCACGCGUCCGUGCCACUGCCCGACGAGGACCACGACGACAACGACGUUCUUGUUCUUGGCAGUAGGGAUGCGUAGUAAGAUAGACAUGGUCUGUAUCUGUCCCUGUCUACCACCGAUCCCAUCAAUGAAUAAAUAAACAAAUAUAAAAGGAGCUUGAAUUUUAGCUCA